GGUGCUAAAAGGUAAAAGUGCGAUUCGAGAGCGAUUUCAACCUUUGGAAUCAUCCCAUCCACUUCUUUACCUUGUCAAUGGUCAAUGCCAACGACAACGAUACCGACACCGACAACCAUCACCACCUUCCGCAAUCCAAUUCCAAAUUAGAAAAACAAAUGCCGUGCUAGCUUUAUCUAGCUAGACGUCUCGGCGAGCCUACAGCGCGUUCGGAAUCGCAUACGAGAGACUCCCUUAGGGACCUAACAUACACGAUUCUGGAUCCUAGAUAGGGGAUCGCCGUCACGAUGAACGGCUAUAACGAGAAAAGCCACUACGAUGAUGAGCCGGAACAGGGGAACUUCGUGCGCGCCUUUGACGCUUUCCCGAAAUCGAAGCCCCAAUAUGUAACGCGCACGUCGGGAGGAGGGAAGUGGACGGUGGCCAUGUCGUUGGUGUCGCUCGUGCUACUGUGGUCCGAACUGGGGCGCUGGUGGCAGGGCCAGGAAACGCAUACGUUCGCGGUCGAGAAGGGCGUCGGCCAUAGCAUGCAGAUCAAUCUCGAUAUCGUCGUCAAGAUGAAGUGCAAGGACCUGCACGUCAACGUGCAGGACGCCGCCGGCGACCGCAUCUUAGCCGCCUCGCGCCUGCAGGAGGACGCGACUUCGUGGGGGCAGUGGGUCGAUGCGAAGGGCGUGCAUAAGCUAGGAAGGGAUAGCCACGGUCGCGCUGUCACGGGCGCUGGUUGGCAUGACGAGGGAUUCGGUGAGGAACAUGUUCAUGAUAUCGUUGCUAUGGGACGCAAGAAGGCUCGUUGGGGGAAGACGCCUAGGCUUUGGGGCGCGGAGGCUGAUAGUUGUCGUAUUUAUGGGAGUCUGGAUUUGAAUAAGGUCCAGGGCGACUUUCAUAUUACUGCGAGAGGUCAUGGAUAUGCUGAGGCUGGACAGCACUUGGAUCAUGGUGCUUUCAACUUCUCCCACGUCAUCUCGGAACUCUCAUACGGUCCCUACUACCCAUCUCUCGUGAACCCCCUCGACCGCACGAUCAAUUUAGCCGAGGCGCACUUCUACAAGUUCCAAUACUUCAUGUCCGUGGUGCCGACAGUAUAUAGUGUACAACGAGGAUCGGGCGCGGCAUCGGCGCAGCGCACCAUCUUCACGAACCAAUACGCCGUCACGGAGCAGAGCAAGGAGGUCCACGAGCGGUUAGUACCUGGGCUGUUCUUCAAGUACGACAUCGAGCCCAUCAUGCUGCACGUCGAGGAGCGCCGCGACAGCCUGCUCACGUUCGGCGUCAAGGUCGUCAAUAUCCUCAGCGGCGUGCUCGUCGCUUGUCACUGGGGCUUUACCCUAAGCGAGUGGCUGAAGGAAGUCGUCGGCCGCAGGCGCAGGAAGCAGAGUGAAGGUGUCAUCGGCGCCAAAGACCACUAUGACGAUUGAUUGUUCGAAUAAGAAUUCUACACCCAGCAUCCACCUCAAAACUGAGAUAAACAUCGUGAAGUGAAGAUGACGAUGACAAAAGACCGUGUAGUCUGCAUGUACUACUAGCCCGGAAGAAGAGACUCAUACGAACGAAAAAGGAAGAAGGGGGAAUAGAAGGAAAGGAAAGGAAAGAAAGAAAGAAAGAAAGGGGGAGACGGAGAAUCGAAUUGAUCUGGUUCCGGCAUCUUUUUGGGUAAAAAAUGUGUUUUUUUGUAGACCUUUCGAUCUUAUGGAGUUCAGGGGGGAGUAGUGGGAGCUCGGCAUAUAGCGCGAAUAUUGAGCACUUUUGCAAUCGAUGAUUUGGAC